CAAAAGCGGAUGUGACGUCAACUCGGUGCAGCGCUCUUGCUUCGCAUGUUCCAGAAAAGAUGGCAGCUGUUGAUAUCGAUAUGCCGGUAGAAACAGAGCCCAUGAUCCGCUCGCAGGAUGAUCUGGAACGUGAGGCUGAAGGCUUCAAAGAGCAAGGGAAUGCAUACUACAGCAAGAAAGAUUACUCUGAAGCGUUCAACUAUUACACCAAGGCCAUCGAUGCAUGUCCCAGAAAUGCCAGUUACUAUGGCAACAGGGCGGCCACCCUCAUGAUGCUCAGUCGCUUUCGAGAAGCCCUCGAAGACUCCCAGCAGGCCGUGCGUCUGGAUGAUGGUUUCAUGAAGGGGCAUCUGCGCGAGGGCAAGUGUCACAUGUCUCUGGGAAACGCCAUGGCCGCCAGCCGCUGCUUUCAGAAGGUUCUGGAGUUGGAUCCAAACAUCAGAGAGGCCAAACAGGAGAAGAAGAAUGCAGCUUUACUGCUGGAAUAUGAGAAAAUGGCUGAUUUUAGCUUUGAAAAACGGGAUUUCAGAAAGGUGGUGUACUGCAUGGAUCGAGCCUUAGCUUUGGCCCCUGUCUGCCACCGCUUUAAAAUCAACAAGGCAGAGUGCCUUGCUCUGCUCGGACGCUAUCCUGAGGCUCAGUCUGUGGCAAGUGACAUUCUGAGGAUGGACUCGACCAAUGCAGAUGCGUUGUAUGUCCGGGGCUUGUGCCUGUAUUAUGAGGACUGCAUUGAUAAAGCAGUACAGUUCUUCGUCCAGGCUCUGCGAAUGGCACCAGAUCAUGAAAAGGCCCGACUAGCCUGCAGGAAUGCCAAAGCUCUAAAAGCCAAGAAAGAGGAGGGCAAUCAGGCAUUUAAGAACUGCAACUACGAAGCUGCCUACCUGCUGUAUACCGAAGCGCUGGCGAUAGACCCCAACAACAUCAAGACCAACGCUAAACUCUACUGCAACAGAGCCACUGCAGGAGCAAAGCUGAAAAAACUAAACCAAGCCAUUGAAGACUGUACCAGUGCAAUCAAGCUAGAUGACACGUACAUCAAGGCCUACUUAAGAAGAGCUCAGUGCUACAUGGACACAGAGCAGUACGAAGAGGCUGUACGGGACUAUGAAAAAGUUUACCAGACUGAAAAAACCUCAGAUCACAAACAUCUGCUGAAGACGGCACAGAUGGAGCUGAAGAAGAGCAAAAGGAAAGAUUACUACAAGGUGCUGGGAGUCGGCAAGAACGCCACAGAGGACGAGAUAAAAAAGGCGUACCGCAAGCGGGCCCUCAUGCACCACCCGGACCGCCACAGCGCAGCAACUCCAGAGGUGCAGAAAGAGGAGGAGAAGAAGUUCAAGGAAGUAGGGGAGGCGUUUACCGUCCUGUCUGAUCCGAAGAAGAAAAUGCGCUAUGAUAAUGGGCAUGACCUGGAGGAUGACGGCAGCUUUGAUGGAGGAGAUUUUGAUGCAAACAACAUCUUCAGGGCUUUCUUUGGUGGCCACGGUGGAGGAUUCAAUUUCGAUUCCAGCCCCGACUCAGGACCAGGAAAUUUCUUUUUCCAGUUUGGUUAAUGUGAAGAAGUGCGAGUGGAGAGAAAUCCAUCUCUGCAGUGUAGAUAAACGUGGACCCAGUCACCUUGUGAUACUCAUACUCCUGAGUGUGUUGAAGUAUCUGCCCACUGAUCUUAUAAUUAGUGUUUUUUUUAAAAUAAUAUUAUUGCACCCAAUUCUCAAAUCACUCCCUGCGCUGAUGCUGACAAACGCUGGAAAGAAUAAUUCAUAGGUUUUGGUUAUGAAUUAACAACAAAAGCACUUCACUUUUGUAAUAGUUGAUGUUAGCAUGUCGCAG